CAAAUUUGAUUGUCAUAUACACCUUCCCCAAGAAUUAAAAUAUUUGUACAUUUCCGCUUAUCUCGAUGUGAAACAUUAGUUUUGUUUAUGCCUCCUGCGGCGGUGUAUGUGCGUUAAUGCUCUUUUUUCGAUUCGGUUUUCAAAUCACAUUUCGAAUGAUUUAUAGUAUUUUAUGAAUAUGAAAAACGCGUAGAGGACAAAAGGUAUGUGUUGAUAAGCCAAUGUUUAUUCGUUGCUCGGUGGUUUAGUUUUUUUUUUUUUUUUUGUUCCACAACUCUCAGUGAAUGAUUAAUGUGAAGUAGAGAAAGUGGAAAAUACUCGCAAUUUAUGUGGUUACCGGAAAAGUGAUGUGCUUCCUGCUGUGAAAGCUUAUCAAUGCAACAUUUCAUUAAUCAUUUUCGAAUCAGAAAAAAACAAGAAGAAAAAUUGGUCUCUUUAUCGAAAUCGGAUAUGAUUUUCGCUUGCUUUCGUUUGUAGUAGAUACCAAUCAAAGAUUUUUUCGUAUUAGUAUACCACUUAACGGUUUAAAACAUUAGUCAAAAAGAAUUUCGAGAUUUCCGUUUCGGUUAAGUUGUGGUCGAUAAAUGUUUUUAUUGAAACUUCCAUGGUCGAUUAACGUUUUAAGUUUGGGGGGCAAGAAUAAUAAAUCUAUAACACAUAUCCAAAACGAACAUUAUUGUAAGAGGAACUGGAAAGUUUUACGCAUAAAAUACAUUAUUGUGCAUGAGUGGCAGACAAUGUAAAAACAAAAAAAUACAAAGACCAACCAAGAACAGUAUUGUAAUCAGAAUAUCGUCAGGACAUGUCCCAUCAUCGACAUGAACUGAAUCAAUUAGACAAAUGGAAGAUCCGACACCGAUCGCUCAUAAAACAAUUCAUUUGUUAGAAACGAAAUGUACCGAUUCGGCGAUCUACUCUAUUUUCUUUAUUUUAUUAUACAUGUAAUCUUAAAUGAAAUGCUAUACGUUAUGACCAUAUCAGCUGGCGAGAUAAUCGAUUCAUCGCUCAAUGUGACUGAUGUACCUGAAAUAUUAGAGUUACGACAAACAAGCACAAUGAAAAUGGAUCCACCAAACGUGAAACACCAACGUUUUCAUCUUCCUCAUUCUGCGAUGACCGCCCGAAACGAGCAAAUAUCGUCUGCAACAUCAUUACCACCAAAAACACGAACAACUAUAAUAUAUCCGGCUACAACAGCAAACCCAUUGAGUUUAACGACAAUGGAUCCAUCCAUUAUCCAACGCAAACAUCAUUCGCAAUCGAAAAAUGGCCAAAGUCAGUCGUUGCGUGCCCAACAAAUUGCACCGAAAGCAAUUAAAUCAUCGCCAGCUGCAACAAAUUCAACACUCAGAAGUCAUAAAACCGAUGCGCCUAUGCUAAAUUACAUUUUUGAUUCGCAUUUGGCAACGAACAAGCAUCAUCAUCAUGAUAGAUACGGACCACACUUUGAUGACUUACAUUCCGGCGACAAUUUAAUCAACGUAACCGCACAAGCCGGAAGUAUAGCUUAUCUAAAUUGUAGAGUUAGUUUGCUGCAAGACAAAACGGUUUCGUGGGUGAAACGCAGACCUAUUGACGAUAAAUUAAACUUGCUCACUGUAGGUAUGCAAACAUACAGCGGUGACAUUCGAUAUAGUGUGGAAUUUCAAUAUCCGAAUAAUUGGCGAUUGAAAAUUGCUGAUGUAAAUAAGUCCGAUGAUGGACUGUACGAAUGCCAAGUUUCAAGCUACCCUCGACCUCUGGCAUUGCUGAUAAAUUUAACGAUCGUUGUACCGGAAGUAAUAAUUGCCGACGAACAUGGUACACUGUUGGUAGAUAAGUAUUAUGAGGUGGAUUCAACCAUUCAACUCGUUUGUAUUGUGCGACACAUUGCAAUGACAUCAUCGGUGGUGUAUUGGUUGCAUGGUGAAAAAAUGCUGAAUUUUGAUACAACACGAGGUGGAAUCAGUGUACGUUCGGAUUUAAUGGACGACGGAGCCAAUUCUACUCUGUCUAUUGCGAAAGUUGGCAGAUCAGACAGUGGAAAUUAUUCGUGUUCCAUAGGACCAAAUGACUUUUACACAAUAAAUGUACACAUUUUAAACGGAGAAAGUCUUGCUGAAUUAUAUCAUGGCAGUACUGGCGUAAUUGUUAAAAAUAUUGUCGUUAGACUAUGGUUAUUGUUGAUGGUAGUACUAUUGCUAAGUUAAAAAGAAAAUUGAACGUAGAAAUAAUAAUAGAAAUAAUAAUGUUAAAGUGGCGCCAAGGAAUUUAAAAAAUAAAAAUUUAAUUAAUUUGCAGACGGCCGUUCCAAUAUUUUUGAACCGAAUUCGUUUUUAAGUCUAAAUUUCAUUUAAAGUUCUUGUGAUAUUAAAACUUGAUGUAAUUACCGUUUAAGAGAACAGCAAAACCGUUGCAUACGGAAUGUAUAUGUAAAACUAUUAUAUAGUUGUAUGAUAACUGCAACAGCGCACCACCUUCAUCUGAUAAUUAUGAUAUUUAAAUUGGUUUGCAAUUCGAAAUUGAAACAAUAUUUUUUCAUUGUGCAUUGUGCAAGUAUACGAAAUUUUUAUUUACAAAAAAAAAUUGUU